AUGCCCUCCUUUGGAGGAGGUAGUGGCGAGGUAGGGGAUGAUGAUGGACCAGCCGGAAGUGGAGAGGCUGUGGGCUCGGCGGAAAAUUUAAGCGGCGGCGGAGGAAGCGGUAGCGGCAGCGACAGCGGCGGCGGAAGCGGAAGUGGCAGCGGCGAAGAGGACGACGUCAUUGAGAUGCUGCAGAUGGGCGGCAACGAGUACCUGGAGCCGGUGCUCCGGCUGCUGGCCGUCAUCCACUCGCUCCUUUCCUUUUGCAUGCUCAUCGGCUACUACUACCUCAAGGUGCCGCUCAUCAUCUUCAAGCGCGAGAAGGAGAUUGCCCGGAAGAUCGAGUUUGAGGGCCUGUACAUCACCGACCAGCCGGAGGACAACUACGAGGCCACCUGGGACAAGCUGGUUAUCUCCACCAAGUCCUUUCCCGUCAACUACUGGGACAAGUUUGUGAAGAAGCGGGUGCGGGCAAAGUACGCCGAGCAGUACGACUACGAGACGCUGAGCAAGCUGCUCGGCAUGAGCAAGAGCAGCAGUGUUAAUUUGGAUGAGGAGGGCGGCGGCAGUUUUAUUGCCUCCAUCUCCAACUACGACUGGAAGUAUCAGGUGUGGAAGGUGGGCGUCACCUUUAUGGAUAAUGUGUUCCUCUACAACUUGGGCUACUUUUUGCUAUCGGUCCUCGGCAACUUUAGCUACUUCUUCUUUGCGGCUCACCUGCUCGACAUUGCCGUGGUCAUUCCCUCGCUGAAGACCAUUCUGCAGUCUGUGACGCACAAUGGCAAACAGCUCCUGCUCACCGUCAUGCUGCUCAUCAUCGUCGUGUACAUCUACACCGUCAUUGCGUUCAACUUUUUCCGCAAGUUUUACGUCCAGGAGGAGGACGACCAGCCGCCGGAUCAGAAGUGCCACAAUAUGCUGACGUGCUUCGUCUUUCACCUAUACAAGGGCGUACGAGCGGGUGGCGGCAUCGGCGACGAGAUUGAGUCUCCGGACGGCGACGAGUACGAAGAAAUCUACCGCAUCGUCUUUGACAUUACCUUCUUCUUCUUUGUCAUCGUCAUCCUCUUGGCCAUUAUUCAAGGUCUGAUCAUCGACGCUUUCGGCGAGCUGCGUGACCAGCUGCAGUCAGUGUCGGAUAACAUGG